GUUCGCAGGAAAGGUUUCAAGUACAGGAGAGGCAGGAUAAGUUGUGCGAUUCAGGGAAGGCCCUGGCCGCAGUGCCGAGAAGCGAGGGCUUGAGACGUGUGAGCGGUUGGGGAGGUCGGAGAGUUGGCCGGAGCUGGUGUCCGGGCAGAGGGGGCACUGGCCCAGACGAGAGGAUGAGAGAAGAGAAGGGAUCUAAGAGAUCUUUAGGAAGUGGGACAGACAGAACAUGAGAACUGAUAGGACAGAGGUGACUGGCUGAAAAGGUGGAGUCACCAAGGUGGGAAAGCCUGGGGCAGAAGCCAGGUGAGGUGUUCAAUUUGCCCUGCUGGGCAUGAGGGUUCCACAGGAGAGGCAAGGGGCUGCGGGACCUCCUGGGCCUGCAGCUUGAGGUAGGGCCUGAGCUGGAGACAUUAGAGUUUUGGGAGUUUGGGAACUGGAGGUGGAGCUGACGGGGGACCGGAAGGAGAGCAGAGUGCAGUGUGAGUGUAAGAACUCUGGCCCCUGACCUUGACCGUAGGAGAGGGAGAGAGGCAGGACGGAAGAGAGAGAAGUUGGAACAUCCCUAAGGGGAAUGGGACUGGGACUGCCACCAGAACCCAAAUUGUGCCUCCUGCCAGCCUCGUUUCCAGCCCUCGUCCGUCCUGUAAAACAGCUGAGGAGAGUGUGUAAGAGGGGCGGGGGUCCUCUCUGAGGCCGGCCCCAGCUUGCUGUCCCUUGGUUCUAGGAUGCUCUGGAGCUUGACCCGGCUCCAUCAAAGGCCAUCCCAAAGCCAUGGGUGUUUCCAGUCCCAAAGGGAACCCUACAGCGCAUCUUUGGGAGCAGCCAGGUGUUCCAGAACUUGGAUGAUGUAAAACCGAAGGUCACGGGAUUAACAGUGCCCCUCAAAGUCAGGGAGUAGUAGACUUCUACGCUUUACGAGCCGAGGCCUACAUCCAACUCUGUGACUUCUCCUCGGCUGCCCAGAACCUGCGAAGGGCCUACUCCUUCCAGCCAGAGAACACCAAGUACCUGGAGCGGCUUACCUUGGUCCUUUACCUGCAGGUGCCCUGGGCUGCUGCAGGCCCGCCCACCGUGGCCAUCUCACACCCAAGCCAGUUGGCUCUCCCUCCAGCUGUGUGUGGGGGGGGGGGGAGGGGGGUUUCCUUGCUCCUGGGACCAGCUCUGUCUCUCUAGGGACCUUCUAGUCCCCGUGUCUGAGUCUGUACCUGCUGCGCCUCUCAUGACCUCUCCUACCUCCAGAGAUGGUUUACCACCAGGGCUGGAUAAAGUUCUGCAGCACUGCCCAGUAGAACUUUCUGUAGCGAUGAUAGUGGUCUACUCUGCACCGUCCUAUCUGGUAGCCAUUAGCCACGUGGAACUGCCGAGCCCUUGAAAUAUAGUGAGUGAGGAACUGAUUUUUAAAUUUUACUUAAUUAACUAAAACUUGUAUAGCCACAUGAAGCGAGUGGCUGCUGUCCUGGACCACACAAAUCUAGCAUCUAGAGGCUCUAAGCACUAAAAAGGUAAUAGCAUUCCCCCAUUUACAAUUCAAAAUAAAAUUACCAAACUACAAAAUACCAACAAAGUCUAAGGUUUUCUGUUUCUGUUCCUGUUUCUGUAUUGCUAUCUUGCCAACUGUGUAAUUCUGUCUCUGCUGUCUCUCCCUCGCUCUGUAUCUCUCUCCAUCUCUGUCACCUUCUCUCCAUCUCCAUGUCUCUGUCCCCUAAAGUUUCUCCCAGAUCUAAAGGGCUGUAUCCCUGGCUCUUGUCUCUCUCCCCUCCUGCCCCAGUGGGUGCCCCCUGUAGCUAGUGGGUGCUGCUGGGCCAGAGUCACAAGCAGAAGGGACUGCCCCUUGUGUCCCCAGGGCCAGUGCCUGUUUGAGCAACGUGCCUUCCCAGAAGCCCUGAGAGUCUUCUCGCAAGCCUCUGCGCUCCAGCCUGAGAAAGCCAGCUUCCGUUACCGAUGCAUGGCCUGUCUCCUGGCCCUCGAACAGCAUCAGGACUGCCUCUCGCUUGUCACCAAGGAGGUGAAGCUUGGCACGACCAAUGCCGAUGUCUUCAUCCUCCGGGCCAGGCUCUACAACUUCUUCCGGAAGCCCAGCCUCUGCCAUCGAGACCUGCAUAGCGCCUUGCUGUUGGAUGCUAAGCACCCACAGGCCAAGGUGCUGCUCCAGAUGAUGGUGGACCAAGCCCAGAAGGCGCGUCAGGAUGCUGGGAUCCUAGCUGUGCAGGGCAAGCUGCAGCAUGCUCUGCAGCACAUCAACUGUGCCAUCGAGAACAACCCUCUGGACCCUAGCCUCUUCCUCUUCCGGGGCACCAUGUACCGCCGGCUCCAGGAGUUUGAUGCCGCUGUGGAGGACCUCCUGAAGGCGCUGGACAUGAUGAGUGAGAGCCAGGAAGGCAUGGUGCGGCAGGCUCAGCGGCAGCUGCUGCUGACCUACAAUGACUUCGCCGUGCACUGCUACCUGCAGGGUGCCUACCAGGAGGGCGUGCUGCUGCUCAACAAGGCCCUCAAGGACGAGCAGCAGGAGAAGGGCCUCUACAUCAACCGGGGCGAUUGCUUCUUCCAGCUGGGCAACCUGACUUUUGCGGAGGCGGACUACCAGCAGGCACUGGCGCUGAGCCCGCAGGACGAGGGCGCCAACCUGCGCAUGGGCCUACUGCAGGAGAGGAUGGGCUUCUGCGAGCAGAGGAGCAGGCAAUUCCAUAAGGCAGACAGCCACUUCUCAAUGGCCAUCCAGCACAACCCCCAGAAGGCCCAGUACUAUCUGCACCGUGCCAGGAGCCGGCAGCUCCUACAGAACAUUUUGGGGGCCCGCCUGGAUGUUGCCACUGUCCUCCUCCUCAGCCCCAAGCAACCCAAGGUGCUCCCACUGAUGGCCAGCCUCUUCCCGGGCAUGUCGGUGGAGGAGGUGCUCUGCAGCCAGGUGGCCCACCUGGCCAGGCUGCAGUUGAAUCGGGUGUUGGAGAGCAGCCUGCAGGCUGGCAUCCCUCGAGGCAUUGUGGGGCAGCUCAGACAGCGGGAACAAGAGCGCCAGAAGGCGCGGGCCCUGCAGUUCUGGUGGAAGCCUUUGUUGGGGACCUCUGAAGAGCUCCAGGCCACUCCCCAGACCCUGACGGGAGAGCCAGCAAUUGUAAACGAAGCUGAGGCCCUCCACGAGGAGGAAGAGGAGGAGCAGUGGGAGCCUGCACCCAGCAGGAUGAGGUCCCUGUCCAACAGCUACCUCGACCAGACCUCUUCAGGCUCCGUCUUCGGCUUCAGGACCAUGUCCAUCUCAGAGACAGAGACGUCCACUAUCUGCCAGGAAUACAAGAGCACCUCAGCCACUGCUGUGACAUCCUCCAACUCCUCACUGCUGAAGACUCUAUCCUCAGACCUGCUGGAGAACAGAGAAGACCUAAGCUUGAGCCACAGCCCCAGCAAAACCAAGGCCACGCAGGGCCACAGCCAGAGCCCCAGCAGGACAAAAGCCACCCAAGGCCAGAGCCGGAGGCCCAGCAGGACCAAGGCCACCCAGGGCCACAGCUGGAGGCCCAGCAAGAUGGAGGCCGCCCAGAGCCAGAGCCCCAGCAGGACCAAAGCCACCCAGGGCCACAGCCAGAGGCCCAGCAAAAUGGAGGCUGACGAGGGCCAGAGCCAGAGCCCCAGCAGGACUAAGGCCACCCAGGGCCAGAGCCGGAGGCCCAGCAAGAUGGAGGACGCCCAGGGCCAGAGCCAGAGCCCCAGCAGGACUAAGGCCACCCAGGGCCAGUGCCGGAGGCCCAGCAAGACGGAGGCCACCCAGGGCCAGAGCCAGAGCCCCAGCAGGACCAAGGCCACCCAGGGCCAGAGCCAGAGCCCCAGCAGGACUAAGGCCACCCAGGGCCAGAGCCAGAGCCCCAGCAGGACUGAGGCCACCCAGGGCCAGAGCCGGAGGCCCAGCAAGAUGGAGGCCACCCAGGGCCAGAGCCAGAGCCCCAGCAGGACCAAGGCCACCCAGGGCCAGAGCCAGAGCCCCAGCAGGACCAAGGCCACCCAGGGCCAGAGCCAGAGCCCCAGCAGGACCAAAAUCACCCAGGGCCAGAGCCAGAAGCCCAGCAAGGAGGAGGCCGCCCAGGACCAGAGCCGGAGGCCCAGCAGGACAAAGGCUGCCCAGGGCCAGAGCUGGAGCUCCAGCAGGAUGGAAGCCACCCAUAGCCAGUGCCGGAGGCCCAGCAAGAUGGAGGCUGCCCAGGGCCAGAGCCAGAGUUCCAGCCAGACUGAGGCCACCCAGGGCCAGAGCUGGAGGCCCAGCCAGACUGAGGCUACCCAAGGCACAAGACAAAAGCCUAACAAGGCCAAGGCCACUCAGGGCCCAAGGAAGAGGCUUAGAAAGAUCAAGGCUGCCCAUGGCCGGAGUUGGGGACCCAGUAAGGCUGCCACCCAUGGUCGGAGCGGGGGACUGAUCCGAAGUUCUAGCAAGACCAAGGAUUUCUAUGAUUCUAGUUGGAGCCCCAGCAACACUGAGGCCACUCAGGACCAAUGCCAAAGAUCCAGCAAGACCACGGCUGCCCAGAGCUGGAGCCAGAACACAAGCCCGGGUUCCAGCAAGACUGAGGUCACCUAGGGACUGAGCCCAAAUCUCAGAAAACCCCAGA